AUGGAGUUGCCUAGAAAACGGGCGCCUAGAAGAAAAGAUGACAGGAUCAUACUCCACUUCGACUAUGACUGCUUCUACGCCUCGGUCUACGAAAACCGUGACCCGCGGCUCAAGGCGCUGCCGCUGGGCGUGAAGCAAAAGAACAUCCUGGCAACGUGCAACUACGUCGCCCGCAAGCGGGGCGUCAAAAAGCUCAUGCUCCUCAUCGACGCCAAGAAGAUAUGCCCUGAUCUCGUGAUUAUCGAGGGCGAGGACCUGACGCCGUUCCGGGACAUGAGCAAGAGGCUCUUCGGGGUCCUCAGGGGUUAUUCCUGGAACAACAAGGUGGAGAGGUUGGGCUUUGACGAAGUAUUCAUGGGUGCGUGUGCCGUCCCUGUGCUGCUUGACAGUGAGAGAGUACGGGCAACUGACCAAAGGACAGACGUUACGGAUAUCAUCAACUACAACAUGUUUUGCCUCAACAGGGCGUCUUUAUCUGAAUCGUUCUUUCACCUCUCCAAGCGGGAUCCGGAAAAGGGCUUCACUUGCAACUUGACCAAAGUUGCCGGAUGCGUAUUCGGUGAAACACCUGAGCCGGGAGACCUCGAUAACUCUACCUACGUGCGGCUGCUGCUGGCGAGCCAUCUGGCUUUUCACCUGCGCAUGAAGUUGGAAGAAGAUUUAGGCUUUACGGCUUCUGUUGGGGUGUCCACGAACAAGCUCCUCAGCAAGCUCGCCGGGAGCGUGAACAAGCCGCGCAACCAAACGACAUUGAUGUCGCUUGAUGAUGCUGUCGUAGCGGAGUUUAUGGACGCUCAUUCUGUCAGGAAGGUCCCUGGCAUUGGCUCCAAGACAUCGCGCGUGUUGGAGGAUCGUUACUUGUCAACGCCUUUAGGACCUGAUGAUGCCGACAGGGAAAACUCGCCUCUGAAAGUUCAUAACGUGAGAACACAUCCCGAAACAUCACCAGACGCCCUGGAGAAGCUCCUGGGCGGCCCCGGCUCCGAACGCGGCAUUGGCGAGAGGGUAUGGGGCCUCUUACACGGCGUUGAUGACACGGAGGUUAAGGACGCUAGCGACAUACCGUCACAGAUCAGCAUCGAAGACACGUUCAAGGGAUUGGAGAGUAUGAGUAAGAUUGAAAGCGAACUACGGAAGAUAUCUGCGUCCCUGGUGCGCCGAAUGCGAACCGACCUCUUGACGGACGACGACUCGAUAGAACCAGGCGGCCAGAGGUGGAUCGCGCACCCCAAGACCCUGCGUCUAUCGAUCCGGUCCUGGCCGACGGAAUCGACGCCAAAUUUCCAGCGCAUAUCCCGCUCCCAGCCGCUCCCCAAUUUCAUAUUCAACCUCAAAGAACCACCUGAACUCAUCGCGGAGCGGCUCACGACUGACUUCCUCCUCCCCGCUAUGAAGAAGUUUCACCCGCCGGGCCACCGGUGGAACCUGCAGCUCCUGAACGUCUGCGUCGCGAACAUGGCGGCCAGCGGUAGCGAGGCUGGUCCCGGAGUCGGGAGGGACAUCUCGGUGAUGUUCAGGAAGCAGGACGACGUGCUGCGGCAGUGGAGGGCCGACACAAUGGUUGUGGAGGACGACGACGAGCAGUGGGCGUCAGAGGACGAGGUUGAGGAGAUGGAGCUAGGCGAGUUUGACGAAGGGGCGUCCUGGGAGGGCGAUAUGGUCACGGCGAGGUGUCCGCUUUGUGGGCACAGUAUCCCACCGUUCGCGCUGGCUGCGCAUGCGAGGUAUCAUGACCUGGGCGAGUGA